UAACAUAUACAAGUUUUAUUUUUUGGUUAAUUUGAAAAUGACAAAUAAUAGAAAUUAGGAAACUAAUUUGAAAUUUUUAAUGAUUUUUAGGUUGACGAGGCAAUGACAUGGUGUAUUGACUAACGGUCAACGGUGUUGACUGUCUAAAUUGACGGUCAAACCAUGUGUCGUGCCAAUUUAGUCUAUAUGCUGCAUAGUUGAGGACAAGAUGUUAAUUUCCGAAACCACGGGCCAAAGUUGAUUAUAUGGUCAUAGUUCGGGCCAAUAUAAGGUAUUAACCCUUUAAAGUUUUGGUAGUACUCACUACUCAGUAUUUCGAUUCACACCGAUCCCAGCCCAUAAUUCCGAAUAUGGAUGACAACAAAGCCCGGAUCCACGAGUAUCCUACCCAACCUAAUCCAACCCGUGUUGACAAAUUGAGGGUCGGUUUUGGAUUGAAGCCUAUUGCACUAUUCAACGGGUUGGGUUAUGUUUGGGUUAGUUAUACCCAACCCAUGAAUACUCGCUCACAACCUCACACCCAUACUCCCAUAACCUUCUUUAUGUUUGUGGAGAUAUGUCAAAUUUGUUGUUCUUACUAGUUGAGUAGAAUGAAGUUGAUAUUAUGGAGUAGAGACUGAAGCUAUGAUGACAAUUUUCAAGUUAUUAAAGAGGAAGAAACCAUCAAUUAACCAUGUUUUUUACAUAUAUUUUUCUUUAACACUGAACAAUUUGCAUGAAACAGUGAAGGCCUGCAAAUGGAAUCGAUUCCAGUCCUCGUCAUGAUCCUUGUACUGUUUGACCGGGUUCAGUUUUCCACUGGGCUCUAAACCGGGUCGGAUUUGCUAUGGCUUCCGUUAAUUACCCCGCCUGUGACAGGAUAAAAUUUCACUGCUCCAGUGCUCCCUAGUCCCCUAUCAAUUAGGAGCUCAAAUUACUCUAUCUCAGUAAAAGAUCUCAAUCGAUCUCUCACUUCGAUCAAGCGAUUUGAAAUUCAAAAAAUUAGGGCGGAGCAAGACGAAACCCUAGAAAAUUUGGCGCCACAUUCAAAACCCACAAUUCACAAAGAUCGCCCCUUUCCUUUCCCGACCCGCAAAAGUAAAAGGGGGGAAAAUUCGGCGCCUCGUUUUAGCUUGGGGCACAGCGCACACAGUUUCACUUUCACAGGCAGGCACUCUCCACGUUUCUCCCCACUGAGACUGAAUUACAGGCCAGCGACAGAGAGUGAAAGGUCGUUUCUUUUCCCCGUAACAUCUACUACAGUAAUUCACACCCGAAGACCUUCGCUGUCCUUUCCCCCCACACCAUACCUCGGGAAAAGUUUAGGGUUUCUCCUUUUUUUAAUCGACAAAAGUUAGGGCUUUUCAAUCUCACCCCCCUUCCCUUUUAAACUAAAUUAACCGCGCAAGAUUAUGCCAGAGUUACUGAAAUAUAAGCGGAGGCUGCGAAUGGCUGAGCAACAACAGCAGCAGGGAACCAACCUGGGCAUGGAGAAAGCCGACGGUGUUCCGGGGGCGGAAGCGAACGGCGGGGUUGCGGCCAAGGUUGGGAAAGAGGAGGAAGGAGCGAGGGAAAGCGUAGCGGUAGAGGUAGUGAAGGCGGAGGAGAAUGGGUCAAUGGCGGAAGUCCAAGGGUUUCCGGGUGUUGAAGAUGCGCCGGUGAAGGAAGAGUUUAUGGAGGUGGAGGGCUGCGGCGGAGAUCGGAAUCACGAGGAGAAGGAGAGCGAUGCGAUGAGAAUCGAUCAGGGAGGGGAGAAUGGGACGGAGACUGAGGAAGGAGCAAGUGGGAAUGGUGGUGAGGGAGUGAAAGAGGCUGUGGAUGGGGGAAACCAGGGAGCUGGCGAGGGUACUGAGAAGAUGUCCAAGAAAAGGGGACGGAAGGGUGGUGCGAAAACCCAACGGCAAGAGAGCUCUGACACGCAAGUUAUGGCGAGAGAGCGUCGCAGUACCCGCGAUCGCGGUCCCGUCUCAUAUGUGGAGUCCAAGUGGUUGGAAGAAAGUGAGGCUCCAGUUAAGAAAAAACCGCGGGAGAGCAGUGCUAAGAAGGCUGGAAAGGCCUCUAAAACUGGGGAAGUUCGUGAAACUCGUCCUCUAUUGAAUAAAGUGUAUGGUGAUCUGGAUUGUACGAGGAACCGUGAGUUCACUGAGAAGUACUGUCUAAUGUGCCAUCAAUGCCAAAGGAACGAUAAAGGUGGUGUUGUUCGAUGCAACAAAUGUAAAACCAAGCGAUACUGCUUCCCGUGCAUAUCAAAUUGGUACCCUAAGUUGACGCAUGAGGAUGUUGCAGCUGCCUGUCCUUUUUGCUGUAACAACUGCAGUUGUAAAGCUUGUUUGCGCAUGGAUCUCCGAGCCGAGGAUCUGCAGUCACGGUUAAAAGUGGAACUCACUCCAGAUGAAAGCAAACGACAUGCUGAAUAUAUGUUACAGUCAAUUUUGCCUUUCUUGAAGCAAAUAGAUGAGGAGCAGUUAAUGGAGAGAAAGAUUGAUGCAGGAAUCCUAGGGGUGCCAAUUGAAGAUUUAUGUGUACAAGAAGCUGAAUGUCCAGAAGAUGAGCGCAUCUACUGUGACAUAUGCAAGACUGCUAUUUUUGACUACCACAGAAAUUGCUCUGAAUGUGAAUCUGAUAUUUGUCUUUCCUGCUGUCGUGAGAUCCGUGAUGAUAAUCUUCGUGGCAAUGUGCCGAGUAUGGAUAUAAAAUAUGUUGAUAGAGGAUUUGCCUACCUACACGGUGGGGCAUGUGAUGAUGCUAAACAUAAAAGUUCAUGCCGUGUUAUAGUACCUGAUGAGGAUGCCGACGAGAAACCUCUGGCUCUGGAACCAAAAUUUUCAUGGAAAGCAAAUGAAGACGGUACUAUAGCUUGUGCCUGUGGUUCCGGCACAUUAAAACUCCGAACUCUGUUUUCUGGGGAUUGGGUUUCGAAGUUGGUGGAAAGAGCAGAAGGUGUUGGUAAAGGACUUGAUCUUGAUUUGGCUAGGUCCACUUCCAGUACACAAUGUGUCUGCUGUAAUACUAGCGCCCACCAUGAAGUAAAAUUCGAUGGGUCAAUGAAGGCUUCAUCCCGUGAAGACUCUAGUGAUAAUUACUUGUUCUAUCCAAAUGCUAAAGAUUUUACAGAAGAAGAUUUUGAGCAUUUUCGCCACCACUGGAUGAAGGCUGAACCUGUACUUGUUAGCAAUGUGCUUGGAACUGGAUCUGGCCUAAGCUGGGAGCCUAUGGUCAUGUGGCGUGCUUUCCGCCAAAUAAAAAAUGAAAAUUAUGACACACUCUUGGAUGUGAAAACACUUGAUUGUUUGGACUGGUGUGAGGUGGAUAUUAAUGUGCACAAGUUCUUUGAAGGAUACUCCAAAGGGGAAUUUGAUUUGGAGGGGUGGCCUCGGAUUUUGAAGUUAAAAGACUGGCCACCAUCUGCUAUGUUCCAUGAACGUUUGCCACGGCAUGGUGCUGAGUACACUUGUUGUUUGCCCUUCAAGGAGUACACUCAUCUUGCGGAUGGGCCUCUGAAUCUUGCAGCCAAACUUCCUAAGAAGUCUUUGAAGCCAGACAUGGGGCCAAAGACAUAUAUAGCUUAUGGGUUUCCCCAAGAGCUUGGCCGUGGAGAUUCUGUGACUAAGCUUCACUGUGACAUGUCUGAUGCGGUAAAUAUUUUGGCGCACACAACAGAGAUUGCCUAUGAUUGCCCCAAACUUGCUACAAUAGAAAUAUUGAAAAAGAAGCAUUUUGAUCAGGACAAAAGAGAGUUAUUUGGUAUUGGCAAUGCUUUGAACGUCAUAAAUGAAGCCGAGAAUGAUGGCAGCAAUGAAGUUGACCAUGACCAGAAGAAGGAUGAAAUGCCAUGCGAGAAUACUUGUUCUAAGAAACCGGAACUGAACUCUUCAGAGAGCCAAGUGGAAAGGACCAACUGUGAUGAAGGGUCCAACUGUUUGGAGACUUGGGAACAUAGUUUUCCUGAGGAAUCAAAACUGAACAAUUUGGAGAUGCAAGUCGAAAGUACCAAGUCCCGUGCUGCGCUAAACAGCUUGGAGACGGAAGUGGAAAUGAAUAAGUGUGGUGUUAAAACUUCAAGCACUUUGGAGACCAAAUUAGAAAGAAGCAAUUGUGGCGAGUUGCCAAAUAGUUUAGUGGAGGUAGGUGCUCUAUGGGACAUCUUUCGAAGAGAAGAUGUUCCCAAACUGGAGGAGUAUCUUCUCAAACACUUCAAGGAAUUCAGGCACAUUCAUUGUUCACCAUUGCAGGAGGUAAUCCAUCCUAUACAUGAUCAAACCUUUUAUUUGACCGAGGAACAUAAAAGGAAGCUGAAGGAAGAAUAUGGUAUCGAACCAUGGACGUUUGUCCAGAAACUUGGUGAUGCCGUAUUUAUCCCUGCUGGCUGUCCUCAUCAAGUGAGAAAUUUGAAGUCGUGCAUCAAGGUUGCAUCAGAUUUUGUCUCGCCUGAAAAUGUUGGAGAGUGCAUUCGUUUGACAGAGGAGUUCCGCCUUCUUCCACUGAACCAUCGUUCGAAGGAGGACAAGUUACAGGUGAAGAAAAUGUGUUUAUAUGCUAUGAAGUGGGCACUGGAAAUUCUACUCCCUCCGGAAGAAACAGUAGUGGAUGGGGAAGACUCGGAAAAGAAAGACGAUGAAUCAAAGGACCAAAAGAAGGCGGUGAAGAAGAAGAAGAAGAAGAAAUCAAAAAAGUCCAAGAACUAACGAGUCUGGCUUCACGUGAUGUAUAUUCUCAGUCCAACUUUCAGUCCCAGUAGUCAUAACUUAUAAGAAGUGAGUCCCUCUCUCCAUUCCCAGGCAGCUAGGCCAUUUUAUGGGUGUCUCUUUUGGCCUAGAGAUUAUAAGGAGUUAGUGUGGGGCUGGGAGCAAACUGUAAUAUACUUGCAUAGUCUGAUAAUGUGGAAUCUGUAACAUGUAAUGCUACCCUUACCCCUCACGAAGUAUGCCAACUAUGUUAUAUUUGAUACGAUGGCUCUUUGGAUCCAUAGUUCUUAAAUAUGAUCUGAAGUUCUGACCAGAAACAAAAUCGUUUGCACAAUUUCCUGAGUUGUGACAAAUGAGAAUGCUGAAUUGAAUGAACUGCACUAAUUGGCUGCUCCAUGCAUGGUGCUGGAUUUCUGAUAUUUAUCAUGAUUGCUUCAUCACUAUCUGCCUGUCAUGGCGUCGUUGGAUGAGUCGCGAUGAUGUUUCCCAUGAGAAUGUUGCCAUGUGUUUCUAGUCCUACACCUCUAGGUAUGUUACAUAUGCAAUUGCGAGCUAUCUUUGACGCUCUUUGAUAAUGUCUCUGUUUUAGUUUCCUUCUAUCAAGGAGGAGGGCAAUUCCCGGGUGGUUAUUCGUUACGCCAACACCCCAAUGGCUCGACGGAUGGAGUUCUGAUCUUGAAUUUAUCUUCCUGAUGCACUCAAUCAUUGAUAAAAUUUUACAAAAUUUUACAAUAUAUAUGAUAACAUGUUGGUGAUUGUAGAAGAAUAUUGAAGACAUUUUAAUUUUUUGCUUUUCCAAUUGGUGUACAAUCCUGGUUAAGCACCUGGGCACGAGAUGGGCUGUUUGGGUCACAAUCCUACAAGCUAAUCCAACAGAGAAGCCUGGAUGUAAGCAACCUCCACAGCUAAGGCCCUGCCUCUUUUGACAGAAUAUAUUGAAGAAAUGGAAUCCAUAUCAGAGAAGGAUUUGCAGAAGGAGGUUCGAACUUCGAAGACUAGCCGCUGGAGGAAGGACGUUUCAUUGAAGAAACUUUUCUGUAGUAGUUGUUUAAUCAUAAGGUGUUGCAACACCGUUUGGUUUAUAGUAGUUAGCUGUUGAGUAAUUACUGUUUUCAUUUGAAAGUGUCUGAUAGGACAAAGACAUACAUCGAAUUACUGUAACUCUGUUUCACUGCUAGUAUAAAAAAGUACAACAUCACAUAGCUGCUUCUGUGGGGUUAUGCAACAAAUUCGCCCUGUCUAAAAUUCUCUCAUGGUAUCAGAGCGAGUGAUUUAGGUCACCCAUCACUCCGGCAUGUUUGACGAUCUAACAUGGCAAUCAAUCAGCGACGAUUGGCGAGCGAGCGUAAACUUUCAACGACAAUGUCUCCAGUGCUGGAUUUCAGAGUGGGUCUUUGGGUCCGCUUGAUUAGAAUGCUACCAACAACAACAAUUCUAUUAUCCUCCCUCUACCUAAAAGCAAAUGAGAGUUUUACUCAAUCGAUCGUUUCCGAAUCUAUUGAUGGUAAUGGCUACUUGAUGUGGAGUAGAUUUAUGAAAAGGGCGUGAAAAUGAAGCAUAAUUUUGGUUUUAUCGAUGAGUCUUGCCAAUGUAUGCUAGGAAUGAACCAAAUUUUCUUUUGUGGGAUAGUUGUAAUAUUGUUGUUGUCAUUUGGAUCUUGAAUCCGUUGCAAAAUGACAUUAAGCUUUCUGUAAUGAGUCAUGAAAAUGCCAAAUCAUUGUUGGAUGAGCUGCAAUUUAGGUUUGGACUACUGAAUGCAAACAUGUUGACAAAUAUGGAAGAUGAGAUCCACGUACCACACACUAAAUAAGAGUUUGUGGGAUGAGUACGUAGAGUACAAUUCAAUAAUGUUGCAAUUGUAUUUCAGGCCAUCCAAAUAUGUGUAAUGUUGUGGUAGCUUAUAAUUAGAAGUCUGAGAUAAAUUACCUAAUUAGAAUUCUUCGAGCACUUAAUUAUUAGUAUGAUGUGAUAUACCUACUGAUGCUGAAACUUUCGGCUACUGUAGCUUAUGAAAUAGAUGAUUUAUUGCAGCAUGAACAAGAGCUCGAAGCAAAUGGACAUGUGAGUGGAAAGAAGACACACACAUUAGUCUUGUCAUUACACAAUGAGGCUACAAAAGAACAUGAGAAUGGCGAACGAGGUAAACGAAAAAAGUUUUGUAAGUUAUGCAAGAGGAUAAACCAUAACAUAGAAGAUUGUUGGAGGCUCAAAAGGAUGAACAAGGGGGCAUUUCACCAGCUGGAAUUCCUAAGUUUGAUGGAUUGGUCUAACAAGGGAGUUCAUGUGGCAAUGAGACACCAAAAGAGGUUAGAUUCAAUGGUGAAGGUAGUAUUGUGAGUCACUCUACUCAUGGAUUUACUCCUAAAGAGAUGAACAAACUCACAUACAUAUUGCAAAUUCAGGACCUUCUAAGCAAAAUGACAAUAUUUUAGCAAGAGGAACUAAAAAUGUCUUUAGUAGCUUUCUUUUCCCAAUAAGCCAUCACAUUCUCGAGUUCAACACCAAUUUCAAGCUGCUAUUGUUUUUAAUUUUGGUCCUUAACAAAUAGAUUUGUGGCAUUAGAGAUUAGCACAUCCUAGCAAGCAGCAAUGACAUACAUUACAAUGAUCCCUCUUAUAACUAGUUCCACAAAAAAACUACCAUUCCUGUUAACACCAAUAAUGUUGUUGAGAUUUUCACUCAAUUGAUGUGGAAAUCUGGAGGUCUAUAUCACUCAUCUCUUAUGAUGAAUUUAACGAUUUUCUUAACAUUAUGGAUGAUUGUUCAUAUGAUGUUUGGGUAUCCCUUAUUAUGUGAGUAUUACAUGGCUAAAGAGAUUGAUAACCAAAUGUUAGUGCUAUAUACCAUAACAAAAUGUUGUGAUGGAAAGGAAGCAUCACCACUAUUAUGUAUAGAUUUUUUAAUGUGAUUAGGUCACUCAGAUUCCUAUAUGGUUGUGCACCAUUAUAGUUUUUGAGUGAUUGUAUAUUUGUAUUUUACAUUAUGCAUACUUAGUUAACAAACUCCCAUACUCUACUCGUACUUCGUACAUAAUUAGUCUCCAUAUGACAUUUUAUACAACAAACCUCCAUUUCUUGGCAAUUUAAGGGUGUUCGACAGUCUAGUUUAUGUCCGUAAACAUUCACAACACUAAAUUUGAUCCGUACCAACACUAAUAAUAAUGAUACUCUACUUUUUAAGUCUCUCCAUACCAACAAUAACAACAAACAUGCUUCAUCACAAGACAACUAUAUGAUUCCAAAACUAAGCAAAAUUAUAAUCGGAUGAAAAGAGGAAAGUCUAUAUAAAGGAAGUCGAAUAUAAUAAAUAAAUAAAUAAAUCUGGA